AAUUAAACUCCCAAUCAGCUGUCGAGGUUGAUUGUUUGUUUUGUUUAGGUUGCGUAUUAACAGGCUAUACAAUCAGGUGAUCAUUUUGUAUGUUUUAAAUUCAAUUAAUUUAUAGAUUCAUUACUUUCGCACAAAUUGAAAAUAUGCCACUAUGAAAUGUCAAUGAUUCACCCCAGUGAUCCAAGAAAUCCAAGAAAGAAAUGACAGUCGGGCCCCGUACGGACUUAGUUAUAGCUGGCUAGGAAGAUAGCCGGCUAGUUAGCGUGAAGUCGCGGCUAAGUAGCCUGCUACAAGAGUACGCUAGCGCGGUAGCUAGCGAGACUAGGCCACAUUGUAUGUGAGCUGAAAAUAUACUCCUGCAAUGCUGUCUCAUCUCGAGUAUAUAUUUGGGUAACUUGAUGCUCGAGCGUUCUCAAUCUUACAAUACAUGGGUAAAUUCAAUUAACUGUAAAUGAUACAGGCAUUUGUCCUGUGUUGUAUUAUUUCUAAGGCAUUUGAGACGUGUUUUGUUAUGCAUUGUUGAUUAUAUAAGAUGGGGUCGCCUUUCCCGGGCUUUUUAGCGACGCGAACACUCCUCGCCCGGAUAAUGUUAGCCAUCUUUGUUUCAGGUUGAUUUAUCGGAUUAUAGUGAAAACAAUAACCCUUCUACACAUCGGUGUGGCAUAUUUGUGUUGUAUACAAAAUAGUUUUCUGCUCGUGUAGCUCAAUUUACUUGAAUAUGGAAUGUGCAGUGCUUUUUGAAACCCCCUUGUAGUUCUGAAAUGCGCUGUGAAGGGCGGUACUUAGCGUAGUGGCAGCCAUCUUAUGCUUAUUCCUGGCUAACUGGAAAGUGGUGGUGUGGCAAAGACAAGAUGGCCUGUUAAAACUGCGCACAAGCUCAGGGAUAAUUUCCGCAUUCGUGAUUGUGUUCCUAACCAUUGAAAAAUGACUUGGGUGCAUGUAAGCCCUUUGUGACUGACUGCUGAUCCAAGCACGACUACCAACCCGCUGUGCUCGCCAUACUAAGUGGAGCUCUCUUACCCCCAAGUCCCUCUAAGCUUCUCGUCCAGCACAAAAACGGAGGUCGUCGGGCUGGAGUGUGUUCUGAUGGCUGAGUCAGAGACUGAGUGUGACACACCCGGCCUUGACACGCUGGGGUCGGAGUGUGUCAUCGCCCACAGCCAGGUUGACCUGCACUAUGCGGCCGAGACUGAGAUCAUGACAGAGGAGAAACGCGGCCUGGAACUGGAGAUCCACGGGGCCGACCUGGCCAAGAUCGAGGGGCUCACCGCGGUGGCCUGUGUGGACGCCAUGGUCACAGAGACGGACCAUGACUAUGUUACCAAGAUGGACCACCAUGGUGAGAUCCAGUGCUUCACCAUGGGGGGUGAGGGCAAGGGGGAGGCACUGCUGGGAGAGGUGCUGUUAAAAACUGAGACGGAGCAUAUGGUCAAGGUGGAGUCGGACCACGUGGGCGGUGAGCUGACGGUGGAGUCAGAGAAUGGUGUGGUGAUCCACGAGGCCCACGGCCUGCAGUGCAACGAGUGCGGCGAGAUCUUCGGCAGCAUGGCCGACCUGCACCAGCAUUUCGAGAUUCACAAGGCCACCAACCCUUACAUCUGUGUGCACUGCGGCGAGAGCUUCGCUGUGGAGUCAAGCCUCAAGCAGCACAUGAAGAUCCACAUGAAAGAGAAAGCGUACGCCACCACAGGCGUGGAGAUGGUGGGCAAGGGGGUGAUCGACACGUUCAACCUCAAGUCUCACCAGAUGAUCCACAGCCCAGAGAAGCCCCACCGUUGCUCUGAGUGCGGCAAGAGCUUUGCGGCAGCCAUCACCCUGCGGGAGCAUAUGAAGAUGCACUCGGAGGACAAGCCAUAUAAGUGCACCCAGUGCAGAAAGAGCUUCAUCCGCCGGCGCCACCUCAAGAAGCACCAGGAGCUCCACGCCAGGGAGAAGCCCUUCACCUGUUCCCAGUGCGGAAAGGGCUUCACCACGUCCUCCAACCUGAAGCAGCACCAGAGGACCCAUGCAGGGGACAAGCCCCACCGCUGCACACAGUGUGGGAAGUGCUUUGCCGCUGCCUCCACCCUGCGGGAGCACCAGCGGAUCCACUCUGGGGAGAAGCCCUACAAGUGCAACCAGUGCAGGAAGAGCUUCGUCCGCAAGCGCCACCUCAAGAAGCACCAGCAGGUCCACUCUGGUGGGAAACCCUACUCCUGCUCCCAGUGUGACAAGAGCUUUAACCACUCCUCUUCGCUCUCCCGGCACCACAAGGUCCACCUGGAGGCCCGCAUCUACUCCUCUCCUCCCCAGGGCAAGGCCUUCUCCUACGGGUCCACUAUGAAGCAACAGGCAAGACUGCACCAGGGGGGAGGCAGAGGUGCGGGGGACAAACCGUACAGCUGCAACCACUGCGACAAGGGCUUCAAUCAUUCCUCCUCCCUAUCCCGCCACCAAAGAGUGCACUCGGAGGGGAAAAGCUACACCUGUGGCCACUGUGGGAAGAGGUUCAACCACUCCUCUUCCCUGUCCAGGCACCAGCGUGUUCACCAAGAGGAGAAGCAGCAGCAGGUGCAGCAACAGGUGGUAGUGCAGCAACAGUACAGCGCUGUGCCCUCGACAAAGGGAUUCCCCCACACCACCAUCCUCAAACAGCGCAUCCUGGCCAGCGAAAAGCCAUACAGGUGCUCCCAGUGUGGUAAAGGCUUCAACCAUUCAUCCUCACUCUCCAGGCAUCAUAGGAUCCACAUAGACCAGUGAGCUUCUAGUACACACACCCAAACAUAGUCUCAUACACACAGCCCUGGCUGACACCCACCCCUGUGAUGUUUCUGUUCUACCAAUCUGUCCCAAGCUCCAGACAUGACACGACUACUGCGAAUAAAACCAGGCCAGCUCUCACAGUAAACAGUGUAGAGGUCAGGGGCAAGGAGUUUGUCUUUGUGGAGCAGUCAAAACAAAUGGACAAUGACACAACAAAAAAUCAUUUUUCAAGAGGAGGAAGAAAUCAUAAAUAAAAGUUCUUGCCUGAACUUAAAGGACUUAUUAUAACCCUUUACAGAGGAGCUGUUGACAAGUUCCUUGGACCUUUGAGAUUAGUUUGUUUAAAAUAAAUUGUCUGAUAGACAUUUUGAAUGAGCCUGCAAUUCUCAUUUGUGAUUGUGCUUAAACGUUUGCUCUGGAGACCCUCUUUUUGAUUGAUUGUUUUAAAGAGAUCAAAUCUGAUUUGAUAAUCUAGAUCAGGUUUUCCUGAACUUGGUUCUGGACCUUUUUGGUUUUUGCCCUAGCACUAUACCUCUGAUUCAAAUAAUCAAAGCCUGAUGAUGACUUUAUUUGAAUUGGCUGUAGUGCUAGGGCAAAAACCAAAACGUGCACCUGGGGGGGCAGCAAAACAGUUUUGGAAACCCUGAUCUACAUGAUAAAAAUGUUAUCUGACCAAUGUAGUUAUUUAAUUCAUACAUAAUACCCCCUUAUCCUAGUGUGACCACUUACACGCUUUACUCUGAGAAUUCAAGUCAUGGUGUAACUAACUGACACGUAUGGGGGAGUCUCACUGUAUAUGACUAUAUGGAGUGCUUUUCAAGAUCUAACAUUUGAGGUCAAUCUCCCACACUUGGCUACUGAUGCAACUUGCUAUCAAGUCAUACUGUCUUGAUAGCAUAAAUUAGCCAUUUUGCUAUUUUUUUUUGCCCCAUCUUACCACCUCACCUGUAAACUCGUGAAAAAAUAAGAAAUCCAUGUAAAUAAUUGUUGAUUUAUCCUUUUAUAUAUCUGUAUAGGUGGCUAGUGUGCAGUUUUGUUCCAGAAAUAGGACUUUUAUUUAUAUAAAAUUAGUAACAUCCCCAUAGUCUCCCCCCCCCCAAUCCAUUUUCAUUUUAUUCAUUGGUCUUUGUUUUAGGUGUUACAGAGCUACCAGGAAAUGUUGCUACUGCUCUCUUAUGUACAUACAGUCAUCUCGGAUCUGGGGCUCCAUCCAGUGUGAUGCAGCUCCAUGUGUAUCAGGUAAAGUGGAUGGGAAUGUACCUAGUGACGUGGUCAUACAGCUGAACAGACUGGAGAGCAAUACUGCCUCAAGACAUCGUAGUAUGGGAUGCAAUUAAGUCGUGAUGAUAAGUGGACAAGAUGCAUCGCUUAAAAAAAAUAAAACCACCCGGUAGCUUUAUUUGAAGUUGACUUGUGUCCUUUUUCAUUGAGUCCCUAUUGAUUUCUGUGUUCCCGUACCAAAUGUAUAUCAUUGUUAUUACAGAUAGACAAUGGGCUGGACUCAGGUGUUCCAGUCAUUUUUUUUUGCUUUGGAGACUCAUUCGAUUAUCAGUGUAUAGAAUUAUAGUUAGCUUCAUAGGUCUUCACUCAGAUGAGAACUUCUAUCCUGAAUAGAUUUAUUGUGUAUACUAAUCUAUACGACUACAGGACUAGGUUGCUUUUACUGACAACACUUAAUUUUGGACUUCCAGUUUAUUAUUUUUUGUGCAAAUUCCAUGGUAUUGAGCUCUAUUUACUGUUCUGUGUAAAAACAAAAAAAAAUACUUUUUUUUAAUGGUUUGGGUCAUUUUCAAAGGAUAAAAUACAUAUACUGUUAUGGGAGGGAAUGAUAUUUUGAGCAGUUUCUUUUCCCCCUUUUGAAAAACAUUUAUGCUUCAAACCAUAGCAUAGGCUUAUUCCUUGUGUUAGAUAGGUGCCUAAUUGCAUGCUAUGUAGAAAUGUAUGCUGAGCUGUCAACUUUUUUUGUUUGUUAUUUUUUUGUUAUUCAUACUAACUUACUCCAACAUUUUAAGAUGUCAUUACUUUCAGUCUUCUAUGUAUAUUACCAUGUGUUUACACACAUCUCAUUGUCAUUUAAUUUUCUCUCCUGUCUUUGUUGAUUGGCCUCGAUGUAGGUUUUCUUAUUGAAGCUUAAUUAAGGAAAAUACAUUUUGUUACAAUGUCAUCAAUCCAUAUAGGGCUCUGCUUUCUGUAGAGGCCCCAGCCAGCCCCACCUUUCCCCCCAGAUCUCUGAGUGGAACAUAUGGACAAAUAAAGGUUGACUGUCAACAUCGCA